AUGUUUACCUUUUAUAAUGCCUGCUUGACACCUACCUCUUUCUGGCUAACUGGCAUCCCAGGGCUGGAGUCCCUGCACAUCUGGCUCUCCAUCCCAUUUGGCUCCAUGUAUCUGGUGGCUGUGGUGGGGAAUGUGAUCAUCCUGGCAGUAGUGAGGAUGGACCACAGUUUACAUCAACCCAUGUAUUUCUUUCUGUGCAUGUUGGCUAUCAUUGACUUGGUCCUGUCAACUUCUACAAUGCCCAAACUGCUGGCUAUCUUCUGGUUCGGUGCCUCCAACAUUGGCCUGAAUGCUUGCUUGGCCCAGAUGUUUUUUAUCCACUGCUUUGCCACUGUUGAGUCAGGGGUCUUCCUUGCCAUGGCUUUUGAUCGCUAUGUGGCUAUCUGUGACCCACUACGCCACACCUCAGUGCUCACCCAUGAAGUAGUAGCCUAUUUGGGACUGGCUGCCCUCCUCCGCGGCGUACUUUACAUUGGACCACUGCCUCUGUUGAUCCACCUGAGGCUGCCCCUUUACAGGACCCAAAUAAUUGCCCAUUCCUACUGUGAGCACAUGGCUGUGGUCACCUUGGCAUGUGGUGACACAACAGUCAACAACUUAUAUGGAAUGGGAAUUGGCUUCCUGGUAUUGAUCCUGGAUUCAUUAGCCAUCACUGCCUCUUAUGUGAUGAUUUUCAGGGCUGUGAUGGGUCUGGCAACACCUGAGGCAAGGCUUAAGACCUUGGGAACAUGUGGUUCUCACAUAUGCGCCAUCCUUGUCUUCUAUAUCCCCAUUGCUGUCUCUUCUCUCACCCACCGCUUUGGCCAUCAUGUACCUCCCCAUAUCCAUAUCCUUUUAGCCAACUUUUAUCUCCUCAUCCCACCGAUCCUCAAUCCAGUUGUAUAUGCUGUCCGUACCAAGCAGAUCCGAGAAAGACUUCUAUAUAUUCUUAAGGCAGGAGCUCCACCCAGGUGA